UGUCCUGCUGUGAACACACCUGCAAACUCCGUCUCAUAUUUGAUCCAGAGACAGUCUGUCAAACCAGAGGACAACCCCCGGCUAAAUUAAACCAAACCGGGGAAUUUGGAAAACCACUGAGAAUAAGGGGAAGUCUGGAGUGAUUAACAAUUACUUCCUCAUAAGACAUGCCCAAGAGGAAGAGAGGUGCUUUUCACUCAUGGAGCGCUCUCCUAAGGAUGAGGAGCAUCAUGCUUUCCUUCCUCUGCUUACUGAUGCACCUGCUUCAGGAUGAGAUAACUUCACUUUCAGUUAUGGAAAACCAAGACCUGCAAGACUCAAUUAAGCCGCAGAAGGUAGAGUUUCGUUCGUUAAACUUCAACAGCACUUUGCAUUGGCAGCCUGGGUGGGCCAGAGAGGCGAGAGACACACUCUACUUUGUGCAGUACAAAGUUUAUGGGCAGACCACGUGGCAAAACAAAGAUGAGUGCUGGGGAAUUCAAAGCCUUGUCUGUGACCUAACACAUGAGACCUCUGACAUCCGGGAGCCUUACUACGGAAGAGUGAAAGCCGCAUUGGCUGGUGUCUAUUCCAACUGGAGCCUCAGCUGCAGAUUCACUCCCUGGCGAGAAACUAUGAUAGGACCUCCAAUAGUAACUCUGGUUCAUAGCAACAAAUCCGUUAUAGUAAAGCUCCAGGCUCCACGUUCUCCAUUUAAAAGGAAGAAAGGCAGCAAGAUACCAAUGACAAAUUAUUAUGAUCUACUGUAUCAAGUCUUCAUAAUUAACAACUUGCUAGAUGAGCAACACAGAGUCCUGGUGUAUGAAGGAAAAGAGAAGGUUAUUAAAUUAAAAGAUUUGAGGCCUGGAGUCAGCUACUGCAUCGUGGCUAAAACGUACGUGCCCAUGCUGGACCGCAGCAGUGCCUACAGCAGCAGGCAAUGCACCGUGCUGCAGUGACAGGGCUGGCACCUCUGUGACGGGGAUAAUGGCAGAAGAUGCCUUCCAUCACAGAUCCAGUUGUAAAUCAGCACCUGUUGUCUAUGUCUGGAAUACAUACUUGGACACUUUUUAAACUAACCUUUGCUGCAAUAAAUUAUUUGAUUCAUCACAAUUGUUUUAUGCUACAUGAAGGUCAAGGAUUGUUUUUAUGUCCUAUAUUACAAUUUAUGAUGGUAUGUAUUUGCAUUUUCAAAGGAAAAAGCCUUGUAAUAUGAAGGAAAAACCAUGCAAAAAGCAUUUGUGGAAAUAUUCCUAAGAUUCCUUCAAGGUUUUUUCUAUUUUAUGCCUUGGACUUAAAAUACAAUUUAUAAAACAGAAAUUUCGGAUAUUUUAUGUCUUCUAGAACAAUAGUUGCAACAGAAGAUGAAAAAACUGCCCUCUCUUUAAAAUAAAAAAUGUCCAGUACAGGAGUA